AUGCAUCAUGCUUGGGAGGGCGUUCGCAGUGCACUGGCACAAAAGGUUAUCUUUGAGGAUAUAAACUUUGAAGAUUUUGGUCAACUAGAGGGCAACUGCGGUCCAGACACCGGCACCAAACCGGGGAUGGAAAAUAUCCCUGGAAAGACCUGGUCCAACCCUGUAAUCAAUGCCUGGUCGCUGGUGACAGAACUACCGAUUUUCUUGGCCUCCGUCCGAGCUUGA